CACUAUAUUUCCUUUUGUGUCUUACUGAGAUAUGCACACAGGAAAUCCAAAAUUGCUACAAGUUUAAAAAUAGGAACCUCUCCUGCAAAUUUAGUCUAAUCGCUCUGAAACAGCACAAGGACUAUCUGCUCUGAUGCAAAGGAACUUUAUCCACAAGCUAAACAUGACCACAGCUUUCUCUGUUUGUGACACUGUGAAGUAGCGUUGGAUAUGAAGACUAAGGUGCUUUAUACAAACCUUCUCCAAAUAAUAUUUAUUGGUCUGAGCCUCGUUACCAUUAUUUACGUGCGUGUGGUUACAGCCGGUGCGUCUCAGUCUGUCUACGCUGGCAAUACGGCUGUUCUAAACUGUGACGGUGAUCCUGGGGAUUCUUUAAUAAUGUUUACUUGGAAGGUCUUUCUGCAGAAUGGCUCUAUAUGUACGUUGUCUUUCAUUGUAGACAAUGACACAUACAAUGGCUGCAGUAACAGGAUACAGAUGAACAGGAAUAUGUCCCUCAUAAUACAUAAUAGUAAAAUAACUGAUGAAGGGAAUUACACUUGUGAAAUUGUAAAUGCUGUAGGGACGAUCAUUAACACAACCAUCUUAAGGAUAUUAGUUCAGCCUUGUGUGACCUUGAAGAGUAAAAGAGAUGGAACUGCUCACUGUGAGGCUAUUGGGGGGUAUCCAGCUGCAAAGAUCACCUGGAUCCCAGAAUCAGACGGUUUAAUCACUACAGAUAAAGUUCUACAGCCGGAUAAGUCCUGGACAAUAAUCAGCACUUACAGACCAAAGUAUCCCAAUGUCACUGAAGUCACCUGUGUGGUCUCACACCCAACGUUUGCACACCCACAAAACAGAUCUGUUGCAAUAUCUAACUCUGGUGGAAACACAGAAUUAUUGGUGCUACUCAUUCCCAUCAUUGGUGUGCUAACUAUAGGAUUAAUAUUGUAUUGCAAGAGGUCAAAAAUCAGAUUUUUCAGGCAUAAUGUCAAAGGCUCUGCAGCAGAAUCAGCCCAAAGUCCUAGUGAGCAGAAUAAAGAAGACGUAGAGCCGUAUGCCAGCUUCACACAGAAAGUCAACACCAUUUACAGUACAGCAUCUAUGAUCCCACCGCAAUGAAAGGCACCAAAUGGAAUACAAAUAUACUGUAUUUAAGAAAAGUCGUCCUAUGGAUUCUAAUUUUAAUGAAAGUUGAUGACUUUUAAGCACAUUAAAAGAGACAUUUACUUGAAAACUCUAAAAUUAAAACAUGGAAAAAAAAAUGUAUAUUUACAAUCUGUGUACAUGGAUUAAUGGUGACUGUAGUUUAAAGUGAUGUUUGCAAUAGUCGCUAACUAUUUCUUUUAAUUUAUAAUCUAUCGGUAGAUUAAAUUAUAAAUUUACUGAUCCGUUGCUUCAAGCUUAAACUCCGCCACUUCUACUUGUUUGUAUUUCCACUGUUAUUUAGAUAGCGGUCCCACCCACUCUCUAAUUAUUAAUUACGCGAUCAUGACCUUUGCUAAAUUCAUCACACAUAUGACUCUUUGCAACCCAUCCGGCUGUGAUAUAAACAAUGAGUCAUGCGAAUCAUUGUUUACCUACUGAGCCGUGAAUAGCAAGCUUGCCGACUUGCAUAUGCGCAAUGCUGCUAUUUACACUUCGGAGAAUACAAUGGAUCACUCAAUUGAUUCAUUGUAUAUCUCUGGAACCGUGUGAGCUGAACAUUGUUUGGAUUUGCUGCCUAUGUCCGAGAACGUGAUUCCCCAUUCACAAAGAGCAAAAUAAAACUUUAUAAUGAA